AUGCUUGAACCUAAAUUUCCUGAUGUACCUGAAUUUGAAUUUCCUGAUAUUCGAAUACCUAAAUUUGACUUUUCUGAUGUUGGAUCUUCCAUUAAAGAAUGUGCUGCCACGUGUCAGAGUGCUAGUACUACAGGUGUAUCUGGACGAAAUUUGGCAGUAAGAGUAUUAGUAGCAGUAAUGAGACAAGGUGCAAAAUUCGAUGAAUAUUAG